AUGUUGGAUGUAAAGUUUGUUUUUAUAUUAAUUUUAGUUUUGCAAGUUAAAGGAGACUGCCUUACAGGAAAAUGUGAAAAGAUCCAUUUUAAUGUGCAACAACAUGCCAAGCAGGACCAAGAGCUCGUCAGCCAUGUUUUUCACAGGUCUGUCACUUCAAACCCAGCACAGUGCUACUUGUGGUGUAUAAACGACUGUCGAUGUUUGUCAAUAAACUACAAAGUCAAAAACGAAACCAAAUAUUGCGAGUUGAACAAACACAGCCAUUUAACCAGCAAGAACUCUCUGAAAAACAUUCUUGGAAGCAUCUACUACAUACUGCUGAGAGAAUACUCCACGAAGGGUCAUAAUAAUAUCGUUCCUUGUACUGGUGACGUCAAUUGUGGCAAUGGCUGCUGCAGAAACAGUCCGUGUCUUAAUGGAGGAACCUGCACUGAGGUCUGCGAGUCCACAAGUGUUCGAUACCGCUGUUCCUGUCCACUGCCGUUUGUUGGAAAACACUGCGAGAGUUGGCUGAGAAGAAGCUGUCAGGAGUACAAAUUAGCCGGGUUCCGCUGGUCGCGACUGUUCACACUCAUUGAUGACAGCCACCAAACUUUCCGAGUGUUCUGUGAUUUUGAUUCAGAGCCUCGUUUCGCUUGGAACCUGAUUGAGUCCUUUAAUUUAUCCAGCAAAGAUCUUUUCCAGAAAAAUGUCACGUUUUAUGAUGACUACCAAGCUAUCAGCGGUGAUGAUCCAAACUGGCAGGCCUACCUCAUCAAACGACCCAACCUGCUUUGGCUCAGAAAUCACUCGACUCACUGGAGAGCUAUUUGCCGAUACAACACAGAUGGCACCGUAUAUACAGAUUACCUGAGAGCCUCGCUUGAACACUUUGACAUCAUCAGUGACAUACCCUCAAAUGAUGUACCUAAAUGUCGACCGUUCGAAUAUGUGAACAUCCGGGGAAAUAAGUGUCGGAAUUGCACAGACUGUGAUUUCUUUGGAUUGUAUUCGAAGGUGAAUCCCAAAUUUCGUUGUACUUCAAGCUCAAAUGCAACUACUCAGUUCUGGAUUGGAGGCACUUUGUGA